AAAUUCAUUUUAGGAGCCAGUCCCAGGGCAGAUCCUGUGAUGAAGAAACUCUAAAGACAGGGAAGAGGAGGAGGAGUGAAACAGACUUGCUCUGUACAGUUCAUGUUCUCACACAGUGUUGUUCAGCGGCUCGUCAGAUCACAACGAGCUCUCUGACUUGUACCUGUGUGCAGCUCAUCUCACCUGGGGAAAGUUGUGUUUUUUUUAAUUAUUAUUAUUAUUUCCUAACCUGGAAGCUGUUGCUCUCAAGAGGUGUCCUACUCUAAGGUGACAACAUGUUGAAGCAAGUUGUUUCGUUCAGCCGCUCCUUGGUGCGCAGGAAAGUGGUGGACAUGAACAGCUUGGAGGACUCCAAGCUGUGCCGCUGCCUGGGAACCGUAGACCUCAUUGCCCUGGGGGUGGGCAGCACCCUGGGGGCCGGGGUCUACGUGUUGGCAGGAGAGGUGGCCAAGGGAAACUCGGGCCCCAGCAUCGUCAUCUCCUUCCUCAUCGCCGCCCUGGCCUCCGUCAUGGCCGGCCUGUGCUAUGCCGAGUUCGGGGCCCGCGUCCCCAAGACCGGCUCCGCUUACCUCUACAGCUACGUGACGGUGGGGGAGAUCUAUGCCUUCAUUACUGGCUGGAACUUAAUCCUCUCUUAUGUCAUUGGUACGUCCUCAGUGGCCAGAGCUUGGAGCGGCACGUUUGACGAGAUGACUGGCGGACACAUCGAGGUUUUCUGCAAAACCUACUUCAGCAUAAACUUUCCUGGCUUGGCUCCGUAUCCGGACUUCUUUGCCGUGUGCCUCAUUCUGCUGCUCUCUGGGCUCUUGUCUUUUGGAGUGAAGGAAUCAGCCUGGGUCAACAAGAUCUUCACUUCGAUCAACGUGCUCGUCCUCUUGUUUGUCAUCAUUUCUGGCUUCGUCAAAGGAGACACACACAACUGGAAGAUAACCGAAGAAUCUCUCGUCAAUAUCACGAUAGUCACAAGGAACUUGUCGGCAACGGCCAACGUGAGCAGUGACUAUGGCGUUGGCGGCUUCAUGCCCUACGGCUUCAGUGGGACGUUAGCCGGAGCCGCCACCUGCUUCUACGCUUUCGUCGGAUUUGAUUGCAUCGCAACAACAGGAGAGGAAGUGAAGAACCCACAGCGGGCCAUUCCCAUCGGCAUCGUGGUGUCACUGACUGUGUGCUUCCUGGCGUACUUCGGUGUCUCUGCUGCGCUCACUCUGAUGAUGCCCUAUCACCUGCUGGAUGAGAAAAGCCCCCUCCCCAUGGCCUUUGAAUAUGUGGGCUGGGGGCCCGCUAAAUAUGUGGUUGCUGUGGGUUCACUAUGUGCCCUGUCUACAAGCCUGUUGGGCUCCAUGUUCCCUCUUCCGCGCAUUCUCUUUGCCAUGGCACGAGAUGGCAUUCUGUUCAAAUUUUUGUCCAAAGUGAGUAAGCGCCAGUCACCCGUGGCUGCCACCAUGGCAGCAGGUACCACAGCGGCCAUCAUGGCUUUCUUGUUCGACCUUAAGGCCCUGGUGGACAUGAUGUCUAUUGGGACUCUGCUGGCCUACACGCUGGUUGCCGUCUGCGUGCUCGUUCUCAGGUACCAGCCAGAUGGAGAUCUGGGGAGGCAGCCAGGGAAAGGUGAGAAGGACUGCUUAGCAUCUGAAGAGUCCGAACUGACGGAGUCAGAGUCCCACCUGAACAUGUUGAACGGUGGCAACUCCAUCCUUCAGACUGUCCUCCACCCUCCCCUCCUGCCGUCCGAGAAGUCGUCUUCUGUGGUCAACAUGUCCAUCAGUGUCCUGGUGAUUACAGUGUGUGUCAUCAGCUAUCUCACCACCUACCACUUUAACUCAAUCGUUGGUUUGGAAGUGUGGAUUUUGGCGUUGCUGUCCGUGUGUCUCCUUAUCUUCAGCUUCUGCGUGUUCAUGAUCUGCAGGCAGCCGCAGACCACCAAGAAGGUCUCCUUCAUGGUACCCCUCCUGCCUUUCCUGCCUAUUCUGAGUAUAUUUGUUAAUAUUUACCUCAUGGUCCAGCUGAGUGGAGACACCUGGAUACGUUUCUCUGUCUGGAUGGCUGCAGGCUUCUUGAUCUACUUCGGCUAUGGCAUUUGGCACAGCGCUGAGCGACAGCGCCACCGUCAGGACGCACACGCCAACGGCGACGCAAACCAGCUGAACAUGAAAGCCGUCCAGGACAAGCAGGUCGAGACAAACGAGGCGGGGAAGGAGCAGGAGCGCUUCAUCAGCCCGGACAAAACCAGCCAGUGUUGAAGCUCACGGACUGUUUCACAGACUCCGAGAGGCAGCAGAUGCAAAACAAAACAAACACCAAACAAAACAAAACAAAACAAAAAGGCACUCAGCGACUCAAGCAUCGACGCACCCGUACAUAGUGGUUCCUUCGUUUGUACGAAUCUCACUACAGCACCUUCGGUCUGCUAAUGCAGUGUCAGUAUUCUGGUGAGGAGUUGUUCCGUCUCUGCGACCUCAAAGACGUGGAUCCCAGAGCGCUCUCUGGGCGCUAUGGAGGGAAAAAAAACAAAACAAAAACAGGACAGGUAACACACUGGAGAGUGAAUUCAGAUGAGGAAGCAGCCGUCGUCGGGCUGCGGCAAACACACACGGCUUCCUGAGGGACUGGAGAUUACGGCGUAUGUUUUCCCGCCCUUUCUCCCGUGAUGUACAAACACUUGUAAGAAGCUCUUUUCAGUUUUUCUUUUCUGACUACGUGUUCUAUGUCUUCGACAGUUUGUGUUUGUAAUUAAUGAAAAUGUCAGUAGAAAACCCUCGACACGCGUUGACCUGCAGUGGAUCUCAUAGUUGCUCAAACGACUGAAGGUCUGGGUGUUUUUAAUGGCAAUGUCCAAACUUCUUAACCAACGUUACGGUGGCAUUUCCUGCAUAACUCAAGCAAAAGACAAAUCUCUUAGGAAGGAAGAUAAAGGUGUGCGCAGCCGGAGUGAAACUGGCAGCAAGUUCUGUUUGAAAGACACCUAAAUUAAUUGGGUGUGUAAAAUUAGGCACGACGUUUAUAUAAAUAUGGUCACAACGAGAGAAUACAGUGGUAAGAACAAUCGCACAAUAACGCAACGCUAAAAUGACAAGAAUAAAAAUAAAAAGGAAGACAAAUCAGCAUCUCAAGUGGGGUCGAAGGUCAGACCAAAGAGACAGGUUUUAAGAAGUGACCGAAAACCACAGAGGAAGAACAGGACGGUCUGAUCAUAAAAUCUCAAAUUGUACCGUUACACUAAAGGAUGAGAAAAGUUUUGAAAUGAUUGAUCUGCAUCUGAUUUUUUUAUUUUGGAUCACUGCACACUCUGGAGAGCCACUGUAUGUGCAAAGUGUCAAUUAGCUUAGCCAUGACUGACCGUAGCUGAAGUAGUGCGGAAAAAGGUUAGUCCUUGAGAGUAUUCAGUUUAAAUCUUCCCUGUAGUAGCUAAAGUCUCUGUAGCUGUGGUUUUAUUAAGCACAGGUUGGCUAGGUUCAUUAUUAUUAUUAUUGUUGUUGCUUCAGUUUGUGUCGACUAUGAACUGUUAUGAUUAGAAAAGGAUUGUGACGUGAAGGUUUUAUGAAAAUAUGUGGUUUUGUUUCAUUCUAUCCCACUACAACAUGCUGUAUUCUGCUAUUUUGAUACAGUAGUAGGUGAAUGAAAAUAUUAUCUUCAUUUUCAGUCUGUUAUUACAGCCAAGCUCUUGUCAUAACAGCUUUAAAGCGUUUCUCUGGGAUGAAGAGGAAGGUUUAUUAGAUUUACUGUUUUGUUUUUUUUUCUGGUCUUUUUAAUGCCUUCUGUUGUGGUGAGGGAGGUUUAGCUGAUGAUAAUGUGCAACAGCUUACCUGCACUGUCAGUAUUUUUUUUUUAUGUUGACGAAAUACAAAAUUAAAGAAGUGAAACACA